AUGGAAUUUACAAAAAAUCUUAUUUCUUCGCUUGGAACAUUGAAAGAUUUUAAUUCUUCAUGCAAUUUACGUACGUUUACACUUCGAACAUCUAAUCUUUCAGAACCAUUUAACAGAAAUAUUUUUAUUAAUGAUGAAUCCUCAACAAGAAUUAUUGAAAAUUUUACACAUUAUAUUAAUAAUAAUAAUAAUUUUACUUCUAUUGUUAUGGUUCAAGACUUUGAAGUUUCUUCAAAUAUGUGGCAGUUAGCUCAUCUAGGAUGUAAACUCUCUUUAAAUAUUAAAGUAUAUUACAUCUUGCAUUCCUCCUUACUCAAUCCAAGUUUAGAAGUGAUAGGCCUUGUCAGAUACAUGUCAAAUCAUGGUACAUACUUAAUUGUUCUUACUUGGUUUGAUUAUCAUAGUUUAAUUCAUACAUGUGGAGUUGAAGAAAAGAAAAUUUUACAUAUUUCAUAUGGAAUAUCCAUACCAAAGUCUUCGAAAAAUUUCAAAUCAGUUGAAAUAUUAUCAAAAUAUAAAGAUACAGAUUUUGUAUUGCUUUCAAUUAUUUCAAAUCACCCAAAUAAAGAUUACAACCGAUUAAUUCUCAAUCUUAAAUCCAUAAUUUCAAAAAUUCCUAAUUUUUAUCUAUUAAUUAUUGUUCAAGAAUCUCUUAUAAUAAAUUCAAAUCUUUCUCAAGCAGUGAAAAAUGUUCAACUUGAAGAUAAAGUGACGUGGACAAAUAAAUCUAUGUCGACAAAUGAAUUAGAUGCCCUAUAUAAACGAGCAAACGCUUAUAUUUCAGUUCUUGAUAAAACGAUAUUGACUUUUGUCACUUUAUUAAAUGCUAUGUCAUAUGGUUUACCUAUUAUUUCAACACCGAAUAUAUUUUCUCAUGAAAUUUUAAAUGAUAAUAAAGGUCUUAUAGUUUCAUUUGACGAUGAUAAAGUUAUAACAGAAUCAAUUAUCACAUUUCUAAAAAAUCAGACACGAAUGAAAAUGUUUAGCAAGAAUGGUCAUGAAUCAGUGAAAAAUUGGACUUGGGACAAUAUUGCUAAACAAUAUACGCUUCUUUUUAACAACUCUUUGAAACAUGCAUUAAUCGAUGAUCCAUACAAAACGGAAAUGUAUUGGAAUAAUACUGGCACAAUGAGUUUCGAUGGUCAAAAUAUGUUCUCAUCUCUAGCCAAAGAUAAAGCUAAACCUGGUAUUUAUACAAUAUACUCAGAUUCUUUUCUUCAACUGAAUGGAAAAGUUAACAAUAAGUAUGAAAUCGAAUUUAUUGGGUUGAAAACGCUGAAUCAAUAUAUCAUCCUGCAUAGACAUGAAGGAAUCGAUGAAUUUAAUUUUAAUAAAGAAAAUUUCACGUGUCUAAUCCAAAUUGAUUAUAUUAAACAAAGAAUAUUUUUUGCAUCAAAAAAUAUCAAUCUGGAAAUUUUAUGUACGAACAAUGAAAUAAAAAUAUCUUUUUCAAAAAUAAAUAAAUUUACAAAUGUUUUUGGAUUGAUUGGUUCAACUAUUGGAUUCCGCAAAGAAAAUACGAACACUUCAAAAUGGUUUAUUCCUGGACCUGAUAUAUUUUCACAUUCUUGCGAAGGACAAAGAUUAUCUAUAUUGGGAGUUAAACAUAAUGCUUUCAUUUUACCUGAAAAUAUUCUACAAUGUUCAGAAGAAAAAUCUCGAAAAAUUAAAUUAAUCAUGGAAGGUCGCUUUUUUGAAAAAAGUGGAUUUUCUUCUGUUAAUCGUAAAAUGUUCUUAUCAUUAAUCACAUACAAAAAUUUAAUUAUCUCUAUAGAACCGAUUGAUAUAGAAGUGCGUCCAGAUGAAACAGCUUUCGAAGCGUUAUUAGUCUAUUCAUUCUUCCUCCGUCAAUAUGCUUAUAUAGAAAAAUACAGAAAAUCAAUUUCUAAACAAUUAUUUUCUAAGGACAAGACAAUAAUAUUUAGAAAUGCUUGGCCACCAAAUUUAGAAGAUGUAUUCGAAGAAGAAAUACUAAUACACCAACAACCAUGGGAACUGCAUGCGAUUCCCAUUGAUUGGCUACGAUGUUUUCAGAACAAAACUGAUGAAUUAUGGGCACCAAGUGAAUAUGGGAAAAGUUCAUUUAUAGCAAAUGGCAUAGAUAAAAACAAGAUUCACGUAUUUCCUCAUGGUAUAUUCGUGGAAAAGUUCAAUUUGACAUUAUCACCAUUUCCAUUAAAUACGAAAAAAACUUUCAAAUUUUUAAGUAUUGGAGGAGAAGUAUCUCGAAAAGGAUUCGAUGUAUUACUCCAUACAUAUAAUGCUCGAUUUUCAAGUAAAGAUGAUGUUACAUUAAUAAUUCAUUCAAUUUAUGGCGAUUCUUCAGAAGAUGUACUGAGAGAAUUCAAAAAGAAUCCAUUAUCUCCAGAAGUAAUUAUUCUACGUCAUCAGAUGACUGAUAUGGAUAUGAUUCGAUUAUACAAAAGUGUUGAUGUUUAUGUUGCGUCGUAUAGAGGCGAAGGUUUUGGAAUAUCAACACUUGAAGCUAUGGCUGCAGGACUACCGCCUAUUGUUACAAAAUAUGGUCCUGCAUUAGACUUUUGUCCAGACGAAUGUGCUUAUUAUAUAGAUGCAAAAGUCACCGAAUGUUUUAGAAAUCCUUGCGGAAAAAUGAGUGUGUUUGGAUCAAAAACUGCAAUACAAGCAAUGUGGGCAGAACCGAACAAUCAAUCAUUAUCACAAAAUAUGUAUCGAGCAUAUACUAAUCGAACAGAACUUAGAAGAAAAUCUCAAAUAUGUCGAAAACAUGCAGAAUAUUAUACUUGGGAUAAAGUAGCAGACAAAAUUUUUAAAAGACUAUCUCAAAUAACUCAUUGA